GUUCUCUGAUAGUUUGUGGGACGUGUGUGUUUAAACGGAAAGUGUAAAUAAAGCAGUGUGACAGAGUUUAAUAGCCAACGAAACAUAAAAUAGAGUUUGAAUUUUGGCAGUUUGUAGUGUUUUUCCGAUUCCAUCAUGGCAAAGAGUAAAUCUGAAAAUAAAGCCCCCAGAAAAGAGGGGUUCAACCGGUCUGGUCACAGCAUGAAUCCAGAACGAAGGACAGAAGGACUGAAGGGAGUUGCAAAAGUACGAACGAAAUCUACAAUUAAGCGUCUUCAGAUGUACAGGAACUUCAAACCAAAACGAGAUAGAACAGGAAAAAUCAUAAGUCCAGCACCUUUUCAAGGGAAAUUAGCAUCUGGUACAGUGGCAAGAAUUGAGCCAAAUCAGAAAUGGUUUGGGAAUUCUCGUGUCAUCACACAAAAUGCACUCCAGAAGUUUCAAGAGGAAUUAGGAGUAGCUGUAAAAAAUCCAUAUGAUGUUGUUAUGAAACCAACAAAGCUGCCAAUAACACUGUUGAAUGAGAAAGCUAAGAACACAAGAGUACAUAUUUUAGACACAGAAAGUUUUGACAGUGUUUUUGGGCCUAAAAAAAGCAGAAAGAGACCGCAUAUAAGAGUAGGAGAUCUUGAAAACUUAUCAAAAAUGGCUGAAAGUAGUGCUGCUAAUUACAAAGAAGAUAAAGAUCGUGAUUUAGUGAAAGAGGACAGCGGUAUUAAAGAUGCACCCCGGGAGUGGAUAAUGGCAGCUGGGCAGAGUAAACGUAUUUGGAAUGAGCUGCACAAGGUGAUUGACUCUUCUGAUGUUGUGUUGCAAGUUUUAGAUGCCAGAGAUCCAUUAGGCACCAGGUGCCCAUACAUUGAAAAUUUUUUGAAGACAGAAAAGCCUCAUAAACACCUCAUAUUUAUUUUGAAUAAAGUUGAUUUGGUCCCCACGUGGGUGACACAAAGAUGGGUUGCUGUCCUCAGCUCAGAAUAUCCUACGAUAGCAUUUCAUGCUUCUAUAACACAUCCGUUUGGUAAAGGAUCUCUGAUAAACCUACUGAGACAAUUUUCAAAGCUUCAUAUUGAUAAGAAACAGAUUAGUGUUGGCCUCAUAGGGUACCCAAAUGUGGGAAAAAGCUCUAUAAUUAACACACUUCGCUCAAAGAAGGUAUGCAAAGUGGCACCAAUAGCUGGUGAAACCAAAGUGUGGCAGUAUGUCACUUUAAUGAGGCGAAUUUACCUGAUAGACUGUCCAGGUGUUGUGUACCCAUCAGCAGAAACUGAUACUGAGAAAGUUCUUAAGGGAGUAGUGAGGGUUGAGCUAGUUCAAAACCCGGAGGAUUAUAUUCCACCUGUCCUUGAGCGAGUUAAGAGAGAAUACAUUGUUAAAACAUACCAAGUAGAUGGCUGGGAAACAGCUGAAGAAUUUCUUGAGAAAUUAGCAUUUCGAACUGGGAAGCUUUUGAAAGGAGGUGAACCUGAUAUUACAAUAGUUUCCCGCAUCAUUCUCAAUGAUUGGCAGAGAGGGAAGUUGCCCUUCUACGUUAUGCCACCUGGAUUUGAGAUUCCACUUUCCAUGAAGGAGCAAACAGGAAACAGUGAACAUGGAAAUGAAAGUUCUGCUCCUGCAAAUGAAAGCAGUAAUAGCCAAACCCCAUGCACUACUGAAAUAAAGGAAACAGGUAACAGAAGUGAAGUACCAACAACGAAAACCAUUGACAAAGAAGAUGAAGGGAAAAUUGUCACCACUGAAAGUGAGAAUAAAGUAUCUAAUGAGAAUAAAAAUGAUAAUGUAUCAGGUAAUCAUAAUAGUGCUAGUGUCAUACAGGAAAGAGCCGAUCCAGUAAAAUCUGUGGAAGAAUGUGAAAUGUCAGUUGAAACACAGGCUACAGAUAAUAUGCAGAUAAAUGAGGAAAUCACGCAAGACAGCAAUAAGUGCAGUAAGAAGGAACCUUUGUUGAAAGUAAUGCAGAACUUUAGUAAAAUAAAAGUGGCAUUGCCAUAUAUUGCUAAGGAGGACAGAGAGCUAAGACAGAAACUAGGUUGUGAAGAUAAUCCUUCAGACUUAAGUGACAGUGAGGGUUCUGUAGAAGAUUCAGAUAGUGAAGUGGGCAAUGAAAAUAGUGCAGAAAACCAGAAAGGGGGCGAUAAUGGUGAUAGUGAUAGUGACAGUUCAUCUCUAUUUGAUUCUGACGACGAAUACUUUGAAAGUAAGCAUAAUGUUAGUGUGGAAUCAACAAGUGGUAAUUUCCAGGUAACAAAUCUGAAACACAAGAAAAGACGAAAGGUUGAUCAAGACAGUGCUUCUCUUCCUCAGCUAACAAGUAAAAUGCGAAGAAGAAUAGAAAGACAAAACCGGCCUAAGAAGGUUGGAAGUAAUUUCUAUGCUACGCAUAAUGUGAAAAAUAGAAAUAAAAAGAAAAUAUAAAUACGAUGUAUGGUGGUUAGGCUUUUUAUAAAUGGCAAAUCAUUUGUGUUUAAUUAUCAUUGUUGUUAUGUAAUUAUAUUUAUUUUUGUAAAACGA